GGAAAAGUUGAUAAGCAUGGAACAUUUAAAACGUGAAGGAACCUGGGGGGAUUGUGGAACUUGGCUGUCCUGUUUAAAGUCUGAGCGUUUCUUUGGCGGGCUACCAGGAAUUGUCUGCCAAAUCGGAUGUGCCUUCGGAAAAAAGGAGUUGCAUGUCCGUCUUUAUGUGUUCUGUGCGGAAUGGAAGAGGAGCAUAAUUGGCAUUUGUUUACUCAAUGUGGUCUUAGUAAAAAAUCUUUGGAAAUUGCAGGUCUUUGGCCAAAGAUAGAGGAAGCUUCACACCAGGUGGACGGUUUUAGUGAGCUGGUGUGGUUGCUGCUGCAGAAACUGGAGGAAUGGGAGUGCAAAAGGGCUGCUAUGGUGCUAUGGAGCAUUUGGCGGGCUAGAAAUGUCAAACACGUGGAUGGUGUGGUAGAGACUGAGCAUCACAUUAAUAUGAGGGCUGCAGACAUACUGAAAGCAUGGGAGACUGCUCAUUAUCAAGGGCGAACACCGGAUAUAAAUGAGAGAACUAACGAUGCAAGAUGGAUACCGCCGCCAAGUUCGAGGGUCAAAUGCAACAUUGAUGGUGCUUUAAUAGCAGGUGGUCGAUUUGUGGGGGCAGGUCUUUGCUUGCGUGACCAUAUGGGUAAAUUUCUUGGUGCAAGAACGUCUUGGCUUCGAGCAAGAAUGAGUCCUAGUGAGGCGGAAGUGUGGAGUCUGCUACAAGCUCUAUUGUGGAUGGAAGAAAUGGGCCAUACAAAGGUUGAGUUUGAGAUGGACUGUAAACAAGUUGUUGAUGAUCUAGACUGGAUAAAAGAUAUCCUUCCGAGUAUGGCGCCUUGAUACAAGAAUGCAAAACAAUGUUACAAAAUCGGAAUGAAUAUUUUGUCAUUUUUACUAAACGGCAAGCCAAUGGUAGUGCACAUGCUCUUGCUAAGGCAACCUGUUAUGCUUCCCGUCAAGACUUUUUUCAUCCUCCGGAUUGUAUUCGACAUCUUAUUAGUAAUGAAACGAAUUAAUCUUCUUCUGUAAAAAAA